GAGACAGAUUAACGGGCCACCUUCUGCUGCUGGAGCAGGAUUGGCGGCCGCCGCAGAGCUCCCUGUCCUUCCCUCCCACUGGCCACGGCGGAGGAUUCCCAUCCGUGACCGGUGGGAAGAUGCCUGGUGGCCGCCGGGGCAGAGCAGGAGCCACAAGCAGAGAUCGACAUCUGCCGGCGCGGCGGCCACUCCGCGUGAACACAAGGACCCUGUGCCCAGCCCGGGGCUGAGUCCCGGUCCCGGCCCCACCAUGGUGCUCCCCUGCGCCAAUAACAGCAUCAGCAGCAGCCGGCCGGCACUCGAGGAGCCCCGCGGCCGCAGCAACUCCAUCCCCCUGGCACAGACCCCCACCGCCAAGCACAUGCUGGCCUACCUGCCACGGCCGCCCACCGACACCAGCCGCUAUGGCACCUUCCCCCAGAAGCCUGAACCCCUGGCUGCCCCUGAGGCUCUAGCAGAGGACAGCCGGCUGCAAGCUGCCGCCACUGCCAACAGAAGUAUCCUGAUGCCAAAAUACCCGUCCCCACCCUGCCAUGGCAGCAUCACUCCCGACGAGGCAUCCCUGCUGCGGAGCCGCAGCAGCAUGGCCACCCCACACCGUCCCGGGGACCUGCCCUGGUGCCCGCCAGCCGCUGCACAGGAGAGCGGCACCCGCUGGUGCCCGCUGCAUGCCCUGAGCGUGGCCAACAUCCCCAGCUCGGUGCGUGGCAGGACCCCCGCCCUCAGCAGCACAGCCACCACCGUGCCCCCCACCGAGGGGCUGCAGGGCCGGCGCCGCAGGCUGCUGGAGGAGGACAGCCCCAUGCUCCAGGCUGGCAAGCGGCAGCGGCAGCGCUAUGUGACAAAGGUGGGCAAGUGCCAGGUGAACCUGGGCAACAUCCAGGAGAAGAAGCGGUUCCUCUCGGACAUCUUCACCACCAUCGUGGACCUCAAGUACCGCUGGUUCCUCUUUGUCUUCAUGAUGUGCUACAUCGUCACAUGGGUGGUAUUUGGCACCAUCUACUUCUUUGACGCCUGGGUGCGGGGCGACGUCGGGAACCGGGGCGAUCCUGAGUGGCCAGCGUGCAUCGAGAACAUUGACGGCUUUGUGGCUGCCUUGCUCUUCUCGGUGGAAAGCCAGCGCACCAUCGGCUACGGCUCCCGGAUGGUGACGGCCAACUGCACCGAGGGCGUCAUCCUCCUGAUGGCACAGUCCAUUGUCGGCUCCAUGAUCGACGCCCUGAUGGUGGGCUGCAUGUUCGUCAAGAUCUCCCGGCCCAAGAAGCGCGCCCAGACCCUCAUCUUCAGCAAGAACUGUGUCAUCUCCCAGCGGGACGAGCAGCUCUGUCUCAUGUUCCGCGUGGGGGAUCUGCGGGAUAGCCACAUGGUGGAUGCCAAGAUCCGGGCCAAGCUCAUCAAGUCCCGGCAGACAGCCGAGGGCGAGUUCAUCCCCCUGGAGCAGUCGGAGCUGAACCUGGGCUACGACACAGGCGAGGACCGCCUGUUCCUGGUGGAGCCCCAGAUCAUCUGCCAUAUCAUCAACCGCCGCAGCCCCUUCUGGGACAUGUCGGCUGAGUCACUGCGCCGGGAGCAGUUCGAGAUCAUCAUCAUCCUCGAGGGCAUCGUGGAAGCCACAGGGAUGACGUGCCAAGCCCGCACCUCGUACACAGAGGACGAGAUCCUCUGGGGGUACCGCUUCGAGCCCUGCAUGUCCCUGGAGAAAGGCGCCUUCCGGGUGGACUACAGCCGCUUCGAGAUGACCUUUGAGGUGCAGACCCCGGCGGCCAGCGCCAAGGAGCUGCACGAGCUGAAGGAGCUGGAGCAGCAGGAGCACUCCACGCUCAGCCUCUACUGGGACCACCUCCUGCAGCCCUGCGCCCUGCCGGGGCCCGUGGAGGAUGCUCUGCCCGGGCUGAGCGUCCCCGGGAGCCGGGAUGAGCUGCUGGAGCGAGGGGGCAGCGCCUGAGCCGUGCCCAGCGCUGACAGUGCCAUAGCCCGCCCUCACCCCGGGGCACAAGCCAGGACACCGGAUCCAGACAGUGGGUGAUGGAAGGCUCCUCAGUA